CUGCAGAAUAAGUCGGUCUUUCAACGCCAGCGGACGUUGUUUGUGCUUGGUUUCCAUCCCCGGGGCAUAUAUUACUCAUACGCCGCGUGGCGCGAUCAGUGGUGGUGCGGAAGUGAAAUUGUUUUGUGAUUGAAAUCACUGCGGCAAACAUGUUAGUUCUACGAAAAUGCCUUCGCUUGGCAUCCGCGCAGGUGACAAGUGUUAAAGUGCAAUGUGCUAAUUAUGUCACACGGGGCGUAUGCGUGCUGUUGAAAGCCAAUUGCAAGUGAAAGCCAAAGUAAAAGGCGCGAACGGGUAGCGGAAAAUCGAAUCGAGAAAGAAGGUGGCGAAGGAACAGGCCUAAACGACCACUCAAUACUUGUUGAAUUAUUAGCCGAGUGUGUGUGAGUGCGGUUGUGGAAGCAAACAACAAAUGUCAACUGCCAAUGCCCCGAGUGUGUAAAAGGAAAUAUGUGAAAGAUACAGCGGAAUCAGGGGACAAACGAAAAUGAAGUGUCAGCGUUCUGGGAUGAAAUUAUCAAUUGGUCAAGCUGCUGCUGAAAUGUGAUUUAUCCACCCGCCGCUGCUGAGGUGUUUUCCGAGUGUUAGCCGUGUGUGCGUGUAGACAACAAAGGGAAAUAAUGUCAUGCAUUGGCUCGACGGAAUUUCUUUGGAUGACAAUUUAAUUAGCGGACGCGCCAGCGGCAGCAACGGCGACAACAGCGACGGCAAUCAGCGGAAAUCAACGCAGUCGAGCUCAUCGCCCACCAAAGCAAAACGAAGACGUCAUGCACACUAUAAGCUAAACAGCAGAUUGGACAGAAAGUCUUCGCGGGGCAUGAUAUACGAAAAUGAGGAGCUCAGGCUGCGCACCAUUAACAUUAAUGCAGAAGUGGAACGAGGGCAAUCGGACAUCAAGCGCUUGCGGCGGGAGAAUGAGCAACUGCGUCGGGAAAUCUGGACUUUGCGGGACGAGUGCGACCGGCUAAACAAGCGCUUCAAGGCGAAGCUCAACGAGCACGAGUUUGGUGGUUGCAGGGGCAGCGGGGGCAGUGGCGGCACAUGCCACGCCUACCGCUGCAGCGGCGGAGGCGGUGGGCGUGGGAGCGGAGGUUGUGAUGUAAACAGUGAUGACUCUGACUCAUGUGAUACGUGUCGCGGGGCAGACGACGGCCACUGCAGCGACGAGUGCUGCAAAGAGGGUGGAUCCUGUGCCCCGCCAAAGCCGCCACUUCCGCCGGAGGUGCCCAGCCACCCAUCCCAAUCCAAAAACGAGGAUGGCAACGGUGCCACCCAGAGCAAGGAGCCGCAGCCCAUGCACUUCGAUCACCUCUCGGUGGUCUCCGAGGAGACCCUGAGCAACCCGGAGCUUAUGCUCGUCCAGCAGCAGGAGCACCUGACGAUAUUCCCCCCACCAGACGCCCACGGAUCGCAAAGCACGCUGCCCAGCUUGAUGGGACCGCUCACCCCGCUGACGCCCAUCGAACUGGUGGCCAAUCAGCUGAACGACCUGCAGGCGAUGGUGCCACCAUUGUCCUACUUUGAGAACAUCCUUUCGCAGCAUAUGGGCGCACGAAAUGCGGCACAAACGCCCUCCCCGGAGUUGGGAACCAGUUCGAGCACCACCACCGGCAAGACGAUGCGGCACACGAACGGCUGGGACUACAACCUGCAGUCGCCCUUCACGCAGCGCAAGUACAACGAGCAGUCGUCGCCGUCCCGCUCGCCACCACCACCCGUGAGCACGAUGACCACAUUUGUGCCCACGUCCACCCUGCAGACGAUGCCGAAGAUCGCCCUGAACGCCCCGCCACAGCCACAGCCACCUCUGCCGGAUGGUGGCGACAUCGAGACGGUGGCCAUCACCACGAAUGCCGCGCAGCAUGCGCUCAACAGUCCGAAGCACUUCUUUGCGCCGAUCAAGCCGCGUUUGAAGCUCAACACCAAGCUGGCCAAUCAGGGACAGGAUCUCGAGCCGGACGAUCUGCCGCCGGGAUCACCGCCGCCGCCCUUGCGAGAUCCGCCGGAUAUCUUCGUGAAUAACGCCCUGGCCUCGCCCUAUCAACGCCAAGUGUCCCCACAAACGGAUUCGGUGAACUUGGAGUCAAUUCUGAACGACAUCGAGACGAUUUCGGAGGAUAUACUGGCCAUUCAGCUCGAGAAGAGCAAGUCUAGGGACAACCUAAGCCACAAUAAUAACAAGGACAAUGAAAGUGCGAAGAAACCCUAUCGCUCCGAAAUGAACCUGUAUCUGCAGUAUGACGGCACAAAUCCCACCAUUUCACCCGCCACCACGGACACCCAGAGAACGGAAAUGGGAACAAACACAUCGGCGGUGACCACGUCCAGCGAAUCGGGAAACAGUGGGAGCAGUAAAUUAGUGCGACGCACCCGAUCCUUGGAGAGGGAGCACACCGACAGCCCUGCACCGCACAUUCCGGACCCCAUGGCACCGUUUCCCGACAAGUGCACCUACCUGGGAUUCGAGCAGCUGAACCAGGCGGCGGGUGGUGCCGGGGUGCCUCCUCAAUCGCCGAAUGGCCAUCGGCCUCCCAUCGCAGCCAAGCCGAAUGUGCCGCUGAAACCGCCGCCCCCACUACCACCCGCCCGCAGGCCAACCAUGCCCACGGAACCACCGCCCCCGCCUCCAACCACUUCCGCCUCUGGCGUAAUCGGUCUGCCGCCCAACAAGAGUCACCUGUACAAGACCCUCGCCUCGGCGGCUGCCAAGAGAGCCAUCUUCCGCUCAUCCCCGUCGCAGUUAACCAGGUCCCUGGACGUGGAACCCACUGCAUCGGAUGGGGAGGCGGGCGUGGCAGGUGACCAGGCAGCUGCUGCAAAUUUGGAUGAGCUGGCGCGGCGGAAGGCUCGCCGCGUGUCCAUCGUUUGUGGAUCCGGACAGGGCGGCCAGCAGGACGAGGUGGCCACGCCCGUGACUACCGUGCCCAUGGCUACUGCCAGUUGUGUGGACCUGAGCACGGUGCUCACUCACCCGACCAUCAAGGCUUUCAAGAUGAGCCACAGCACCCCCAACUCGCCGUAUUCCUCGCGUCGUCGCACCAACAGCAACUCGAUGGCAGCUCCACCGGGAACACCGGUGGGCGGCGGACACCCCGAAGUAGGCGCUACUGCAUCGGCACCGCCCAGCACCACCCACCAUCACCACCAUCGCAAGGAGAGCAGUGAUCCGGUUCCCAUGACGGCCACUGUUAGUCGCACCAAGUGCUCCAGGCGGCACUCCGAGGGCACCGUUCACACCGUCCACCGGAACAGCGCCGCCAGCGCAGGCGGAGGCGGAGGAGGUGGUCACCACCAUCACAGCCACAGCCACCACCACCCGCACAGCGGCAUGGUGAUCAGCAGCAACCCGCACCACAGCCACCAUUCCCACCAGGACAGCAACCACGAGACGGUCACCUCGCUGUCCGAUCGCAACUCCAACAGCUUCGCCUCCUCGCGCGAGUCCUCCACCAGCUUCAGCAUGCGAUCCAAUCGCCGGAAGAUCUCGGUCAGCUCGCACACGGGCGGCAAGAUCCCGUGGUGCGGCUGCUGGGGCAAUGGAUGCCUCUAGAUUGGGUGGAGGUAUAAUCAGCUGCCGUCCAGGAACAAAACUCAGUGUAGUUCACUCAGCUUUCAGAAGCAAUCAAAAUGAAAUUGGAUAAAUAGGAUAAAUAGCUUACAAACAAUUAGCCAAAAUCAAAACAAAUGCCUGUCACAGUCGAUAAAUAAGGCAAGUGCCAAUGGCAGUUGAAUAUUGCUUUGAAAGUGGUUUUCCAAUUAUUUAAAAAUUAUUUGCUGAUAAGUAUUGAAUUUUAAGAAUCAUAACUCAGUGACAUUUGAAGUUUAUAUUAUAGUUUCAAUUUUAUUAUUUGGGGUUGAAUUUAAACUACUGUUUGCCUCGGCUGACUUUAUUCGAUUUGAUUACGGAAUUGUUAUAAAUUCGUAGCCUUAAAAAAUAUGUGCGACUGCAGCUAAGUGAAUUAUACUGAAUUCCACAGAGGAGUGUACAUUUAUAAAUCUUCAUAAUCCACUUUAGGUGUUUGUAUAUGGUUAAGUAAGGUUAGAUUGCUUAACAAAAGCGGAGCAGCAUUUUGUUUCUAGAGACUAAGUACAAAACCCAUUUUAAAAAGUUA